AUGAGUAAGCACCUGCACCUACAGCACUCGUCCUUGCAGCUCUCGUCGCCUCACGGAUAUCACGACACAUACGCACGAGCCUUGUUCACUUCACCACACGAUAAACGCGCCCGUCAUACGUCAGAUGGCGUUUCGCGUUUACUUAAGGCUUGGUAUGCUAGUAUACUGUACUACCAACAGUAUGCAGCACCAAAGGUCUUGCUUCAUCUUUAA